AUGUUUCUGUCUCAGCUAAUGUAUGUUGUGGGGACACUUAUGGAGCGGCCAAUCAUAUUUGAUGAAAUCAUACCGAAGUGCACACUCGCUAUAGAUAUGCUCAGUGAAGAACUGGAUGAUUGUCUUGAAAUUUAUUACGAGCAAAUUCAUUUGAUAUCAUUUUCUGGACGAAUGAAAGUUGAUCUAAACUGGCCACCAGUUGCUGGGCGUCUGCAGUGGAUGAUUAAACUUAAAAGUAGAAUGGAUUCCUGCUUCCAAAAGUACAAAGAAUGGGAUUGCAAAUUGGAAUCAGCUCGUUCUUUGGCAAAAACACCCGAAUUAAUAGUUAAGGAUGUCGAAUCGGCAUCUAUGUCUCAAACGAGUGCUAAAAAUGUUGAGGAGUCUUGUCAGUUUCAAGAAACGGAUUUGAUGGAAACUGAAAUUUUAGUGCCCGAUAGAAAUGCCGAUAAUGACAAAUUAGCACUUAAAAAUGAUCCGAAAAUUGAAUGUCCAACUCCCAUAAUCACCUCAAAGUCUGAUGUGUCAAUCUUAGAAAAUAACCCCGAAUCGGCUAAAAAACGUAAACCUACUUCUCCACUCCAGACACCCCUUAGCCCACAAAAAAAGAAUAACACUCAGAAUCUAUCCUCCAAAACUAAGAAAAAUGUCUCAAUUGUUGAUUCUCUCUCUGAAUCGUCAGAUGAUGAUCUUGAAUCAAAACAUUGGGACCUAAAAUCAGCCAUUAAGAAAGCUGUUGAAAAACAUCCUUUCUCAAUGGAUUACGAAGAAAUCCUUGUACUCCUCGAGGAAACAAAAGGAAAGAGGAAGCCUUCUCCUAUCAUCAGAAAGUAUACUUCAGACUAUGAAGGCAUACUCAAAGUUCUGUCCAGUGCUCACAACUGUCCCGUCACCCCAGACCUCAAAGGACGAUUGUCUCGCUUAAUUUCUGAAGAACAGAAAAAGCUUGAUUUUAAUUCUGAUAAUUUGGAACAGUACAAUCUUCCUUUCUCUGCUCAAGAAUUGAAUGAUGCUAUCGCUGUAUUAAAUAAUACUGCCCCGGGUCCUGAUGAAAUACAUAAUCUCAUGAUUAAAAAUCUACCUACUGAAUGUAAAGAAUAUUUGUUACAAACUCUAAACGGUUUUUGGACUUCUAACCAAUUCCCACAGCAAUGGCUUGAAUCAACCAUUCUCCCAAUUUCUAAACCAGCAAAAACUUAUCUACGGACAUUAGAUGUCAUUCACUCAUCAUCUUUACGUAUCGUACUCGGUGCUUUCCGAACUAGUCCCUCUAUUUGUCUGUGCGCCGAAGCAGGGGAACCGCCCCUUCAAUGGAGAAGGCAGAUCCUACUUAGUGGCUAUCUCACUAAAGUCAUGACAUCUUCAAAUCAUCCUACCUAUCCACAUAUGAUAUGUGAUGCUAUUGAAGUGACAGACACUGUUAAACCUAUUUCUUAUGUCACUAAGCAGCUGAUUGAUAAAUUGAAAACAAAAUACAGCCUCGAUCAACUACAACUUUCUCCAAAUGAAACCCUUUCCUGCCCCCCGUGGAUGUACAAUAUCGAUACUGUCAAUUUGGACCUAGCUGUCUAUCAGAAAGGAAACACAUCAAGUACAUUUUACAAGGAACGACUAAAUCAACUUUUAUGUCAAAACUUCCCUGAUUACAAACAAAUUUUCACAGAUGGUUCUAAACAAGAAACAUCAGUAGGAUUAGCAUUCGUAGAUACAUCAAAUAAUUUUAUCCUAAAACAAAAAUUAUCUCCGUUAAAUUCUAUUUUCACAGCUGAGAUGCUGGCUAUUCUCGAAGCAAUUAGAUAUGUACAAGAACUUAGUUCCUGUAACAAUGAUACCAUCAAUUACGUCAUAUGCUCUGACUCUCUUUCCUCACUCCGCACCUUGAAAUACAACCCUACUAAUCAUCCCUUUUCAAUGUUAAUCCAUGAUACUGUUCAUUCCUUAUUGGCCAAUGGCCACUCCACCUCUUUUAUCUGGGUACCGGCUCAUAUAGGAAUUCUGGGAAACGAAACAGCGGACAGAGCAGCCACUGAAGCAUGCUCUUUGCAGAACAUCACUCACCAUCCAUUCACUCAGCAAGAUGCUAAAAAAGCUAUAGUUGUCCAAUCAGAGGAAUCUUUGAAUGUGCUAAAAAAGUAUGAUGACCUAUUGUUAAAACUGAAUGAUCUUGAACUCAGCACAAUUUCUAAGUGGGUGAACGAGAUUCAAGACAUAAUUAGAAAACAUAUGAACAAAAGUCUUUUUGCAACAGAUGUUCAGACCCACUUGCUGUCCAUAAAUUAUAGUGCAGAGCUCGUGGCUGCGGUGAGAGAGAUUCGCUAUCUCCUGUUGCUACAAAUAUAUGAAAUUCCAGAUGAGGCCAUCAGGUUUUACAAUAAAAACAAUCAGUUGAUUCUAUUAGUUUUCAACCUGGAUCAGAUCGUUCAAGGGUAUAAUUCAAUACGGCAGACAAGCAGAAAAGAAGAAUUCAACCUGAUAGAAAAGCAAGUUCAGGAGAUUGAUUGCAUAAUUCAGUACGCACAGGAGACUCUCACAUGGAACUCUGAAGAUGUUUCUGUGACCAUUGGAAGGAUUAAAGUCCUUGUGGGGCAGCUUUAUUUUCGAACAUCCAGAGCACAUGACAAUGUAAAGACGAUAACAGUUUUAAGUAACCAGUGGGCCAAUAGGCCUUUAUAUUAUAGGAAAAAUAAUAAUAAAGACAGUUUACUCUUUCUGGAUAACAGACAGAAAAUUUUGGAGAAAAGGUACAAAGAAAUUAGAAAAGCCAGUGACGAAAUCAUGAAUUUAUUAAAAAGAAAUUUUUACCUGUACUGUCAAUAUGAUGCUGAAAACCUUGAAAGAAACAAGGAUGAUAGCGAUGAUCACGAAAACUUUAAUUGCAAAGUCCAUGAGGAGAAACAUUUUUACUUUGACAGCGAUGAUAUAAUAAUGGAAACAAAAAAGAAACAUUAUGAAAUGAAAAUCAAAGAUCCAUCAAGCAAUACAAAACCACCACAGUCAAUAAACACCCGUGAGUGGAAUGCAGUUUCCAUUGAGUCAGAGAGCAGGAGGAAGUGGAAUGAAUACGUUCAGUGUAUUGAUGAUAUUGUAUUAGAAGGCCUAAUCAAAGCAGUUACAUGCAGUUUCGGGUAUCUUGAAGAACAAAUGACUUCAAACUCAAAUACCACGCCGCUGUUAGAGGUGUCCAUGCACUUGGUUGAACCGUUUGUCUUAUUCAAGCCAUCUUUAGACAUACAGGAUCAUGAAGGUCUAUUUUCAUUGAUUAUAAAUUUGAUCGAUGAAAUUCAAGCUAUGAGCGAGUAUGCACAUCAACUGUCUACUGAAAAUCUCGGAAAAACUUUUCGGGUAAGGAGUUUAUUGAAUUUCUCUCUCCUCGUGUUCAGCGGAGACACCGACCUGGCUGUCCACUUCUCCAAUUCGUUUGAACAGUACAGCUACCUCUGGCUGGGUGAUAGGCAUGAAUAUCUGAAUCAGUUUUUAAAGUAUGGGAAACCUCUCACGCCUGAGGAAGAGGAAAUUAUUGGUAAAUUGGAUGAGGAGGGUCAGCCGAUCAUCAAAGAGACCUCUCCGAAACUUGAAGACUAUAAAGCCCAAGUAAAUUUAUACUUUCUCAUAUAUGCAUCGUUCAAUAAGAAGUAUGACGAACUCACACAUAAGCAACUCAUAGAACUGUUUGAUGCACACUUCAAGCCAGAAAAGAAUGUGGAAAUGGCUUUAUACAAAUUAAUAACCAGAAAACAGAAAGAAGAUGAGACAUUGGACGAGUUUGUUACUAAUUUGAAGAAUUUAAGCCUGGCCUGUAACCUAGACAAUCAAAGGGAUAAAAUUGUCGAAGCGAUUAUGAUUGCAAAUUUGCUGCCGAAGUUUGAAGAGGUGAGAAUUCCAGUAUUAAUGAAGCAGGAUGAGACGUUGGAGAAUGCCAUCAAAACCAUCAAAACGUUUGAUGCAUCAAGGCGUCAAGUGCAAGAAAUGGAUGGCAAUGAACCUGCUGUUGGAAAGAUCAACAGACGUUAUCAAGACAAUGGAAGGCAAAGUGCAGAGCAGCGCAGUCAUCGAAGAACUACCAACAGUGCAAAGCAGUAUGCAAGUGGUCCGAAGCACAAGGGACAAUCAAAUUGGCGGUACGGUUCUUCUAAGGUGCAAGCCGAUGACUCGAGAAGGACGGGAAACUACAGUAGGUGCAAAAACUGUGGAGAUACCAAUCAUUAUUCUGGAAGGUGCCCUGCCAUUGGGAGAAAAUGUGACAAUUGUAAUGGGUCAAAUCAUUUCUCAAGAGUUUGCAAGAAUGCUGAGCGAAAAGUGAGACUGGUGGAUGAGGAGUCGAUUGAUAGCGACGAUUACUAUUCGGAAGAUGAAGGUCCUGAGCUAUUCAUUGGUGCGAUCGAAUCCAAGCAGGAGGACGAUCAGUGGUAUGUAACUCUGAAUGUCAAUGACUACUAUACAAAUUUUUUAGUCGAUACAGGUGCCCAAGCGAAUGUAAUCCCUGCUAAUUUAAGUAAAAGAAUAAUAGGCAAAAGACCCAUUCUUAAAACUAAUGUCAAAUUAACUUCAGUUACUGGAGAAAAAAUGCAAGUCGUUGGUGAGUGCAAUCUCAAAUGUGUUAAUGAGCAAGCGGGCGAAGCCCAUGUAAUUAAAUUUAUUGUGGCGGAUAUUAAUACACCCCCAAUAUUAGGUUAUAAAACUUGUAAGCAAUUAGGUGUACUGCAACAAAUUAAUGUAAUUGCGGAUGAAUAUAAACCAAUAGUUCAUCAAUUUGAAGUGUUUAAAGGAAUAGAUCGCAUAAAAAAUUGCAAGUGUAAAAUUAAAAUAAAUGAUAAUGCGAAACCGACAGCUGAGCCGCCGAGAAAAAUUCCUCAUAAAUUGCGUAGGAGAGUUUGGAAAGAACUACAAAGGAUGAUGCAAUUAGGAGUAAUUGAAAGAGUAACGGAGCCUACCGAGUGGGUAAAUCCAAUUGCAACUGUGUCAAAACCGAAUGGAGAAGUAAGAAUCUGCUUAGAUCCUCAUGCCUUAAAUAAAGAAAUUAUAACGCCAAAACAUUAUAUUCCAACAUUAGAAGAUGUUAAAGCAAAAUUAAAAAAUUCAACUGUAUUCACAACGUUGGAUGCCAAAUCAGCCUUUUGGGCCCUAGAAUUAGACGAAGAAAGCUCUAAACUAACAACCUUUGCCACUCCAUUUGGGAGAUUUAAAUUUUUGAGACUUGCCUUUGGUCUUACUUGUGCAAGUGAAAUGUUCCAAAGCAAAAUGUAUGAAUUAUUUGGAGAUUUUCCGAACCUGAUUAUUUAUAUUGAUGAUUUUUUGAUUUAUGGUGAUAAGAAGACACAUGAUGAGACCCUCAAAAGAAACAACAAUAAACGAGAAAGCCUGCUUCCCCACGAAAUUGCAGAUUAUCUUUAUAAAAAAGUAGGCAUGGAUUAUAUGGAUUUCAACAAAGAUCUGUACAUAGUGAUAGUGGAUUACUAUUCUCAAUCUCCAGAAAUCGCUAAAAUCAGUAGUACCAAAGCCAGUAGCCUCAUAACACGGGAUUUACCUGAUCAGUGGAGCAACACAAAGAAACUAGCCAACUCAAUCAAAAUUGCUAUAUCACCCCUAGUUCAGAGGGAAGCAAACACAAUAAAAAAACGGAUAGUUUUGUUUGAUAUUCGUCAAGUUUUGUACAAGGAUUUCUUCAAAAACUAUGAAUUUUUCAAUUGGAGUUGUAAUCAUCCAUAUCUAGAAAUAGAUAGGAUCCAUCUGGAAAUCAAAGAUCUUGAAGAAAUGAUGUGCAGAUUGAAUGAGCAAGCAAACCUUUUUGAAGUCUCCUGUCCAGAUUUCAAACAUGUACCUAUUGUCCGUAAAGAAUUGCGAUUGUUGAAGAUUUUAUGGGACUACAUUAUCAUCAUACGAUCAUGGUUUCGAGAUUGGGAAGAUACCCAGUGGACCAGGAUCGACUCAGAGGCCAUGGACAUGGAAUUGAAAAAGUUUUCCAAAGAAAUUAGAUCGUUAGAUAAAGAUAUGCGGAACUGGAAAAUUUACUUGCAGCUCGAAUCGAUGAUUAAGAACAUGCUAACUGCUUUAAAAGCUGUUGCCGAGCUUCAAAACCCGGCCAUUAGAGAUCGCCAUUGGCAGCAACUUAUGACAGCAACCAAGGUAAAAUUUAUAAUCGAUGAAAGUACAACGUUAGCCGACUUACUAGCUCUCAACCUGUACAAGUAUGAGGAGGAAGUAAAAACGAUUGUUGACAAGUCAGUAAAGGAGCAAAGUAUGGAGAAAAUUCUGACUGAGCUUAAAAACACUUGGGGCACGAUGGAAUUCUUUUAUGAAAUGAAUGACCGAACUAACUGUUGGCUUCUCAAAUGUAGUGAAGACACCAUAGAAACUUUGGAGGAACAUCAGGUUCAGUUGCAGAAUAUGAUGAGUUCAAAGUUUGUCGAGUAUUUCCAAGAUGAAGUUUCAAAAUGGCAGAAAAAAUUGGGAAAAGUUGAUCAAGUCGUGAAUUUAUGGUUAGAAGUACAGAGGACGUGGAUCCACUUAGAGUCUAUUUUCACAGGUUCGGAAGACAUUCGACGACAACUACCCGCUGACUCUGCCAGAUUUGACGCAACUGAUCAAGAAUUCAAGGUUAUGCUAUGUGAUAUCCACAAAAUUCCAAACAUGGUGAAUGCUUGCAAUCGACCCCAUCUUGUUGAAAGUCUUGAAAGGGUGAAAUUUCAACUGACUAAAUGUGAAAAAGCUCUUGCUCAGUACUUAGAAUCCAAACGAUGCAUCUACCCACGAUUCUACUUCAUUUCUUCGGCUGAUUUGCUGGAUAUUCUUUCGAAUAGUGAUAACCCUGAAGCUGUCAGCAGACAUCUAACUAAGUUAUACGAUUCCAUUGCAAAAAUCAAUUUUCAAAGUGAUGGUGAUUCUUUAAGGAGGAAAAUAGCGAAAGGGAUGCUCGCCAAAGAUGGUGAAUAUGUUGAGUUUCCAGAGGACUGCGACUGUAAUGGGCAGGUCGAAAAGUGGUUGAACAAUAUGACUGAUGUAAUGCGAAAAACUGGGAGGCACUAUAUUUCAGAAGCAGUCCUGACUUAUGACGAAAAGCCGAGAGAACAGUGGAUUUUUGACUAUCCAGCUCAAAGUGCACUGUGUGGCACGCAAAUCUGGUGGACAACAGAAGUAGACUUAGCGUUUGCACGACUGGAAGAAGGAUAUGAAAAUGCCUUGAAAGAUUAUAACAAAAAACAGAUAACCCAACUGAACAUUUUAAUCUCAUUACUAUUGGGCGAUCUAUCAGGAGGUGAUCGGCAGAAAAUAAUGACAAUUUGUACCAUUGACGUCCAUGCUAGAGAUGUAAUCUGCAAGCUGAUAAACUCCCGGGUUGAAUCGAGUACUGCAUUUCAGUGGCAAUCACAGCUACGGCACAGGUGGGACAAGGCACAGGCAGACUGUUUUGCAAAUAUAUGUGAUGCUGAAUUUCGCUAUGACUACGAAUAUCUUGGAAACACCCCUCGACUUGUCACUACUCCACUUACUGAUCGUUGUUACAUCACUUUGAGCCAGUCGUUACAUUUAAUUAUGGGCGGAGCUCCUGCUGGCCCUGCUGGUACAGGCAAAACAGAAACCACCAAAGAUUUAGGCAAAGCUAUAGGCAUUAUGGUGUACGUUUUCAAUUGCUCAGAACAAAUGGAUUACAAGAGUGUCGGGAACAUUUAUAAAGGGCUUGCACAAACAGGUGCUUGGGGAUGUUUUGACGAGUUUAACCGUAUCUCUGUAGAGGUACUCUCGGUUGUCGCUGUUCAGGUGAAGACAGUAUUAGAUGCGAUCAAGAGUAAAAAGACAAUAUUCAAUUUUCUUGGCGAAUCAAUUAAACUAGUACCAACCGUUGGGAUGUUCGUCACCAUGAAUCCUGGCUAUGCUGGUCGUGCUGAGCUGCCUGAAAAUUUGAAGGCCUUGUUUAGACCUUGUGCUAUGGUUGUACCUGAUUUCGAAUUGAUCUGUGAGAUCAUGUUAGUGGCUGAAGGUUUCCAAGAGGCGCGAAUCUUAGCGCGUAAGUUCAUUACUCUCUACAGUUUAUGCAAAGAAUUGCUUUCAAAUCAGGAUCACUACGAUUGGGGCUUACGAGCUAUCAAAUCAGUCCUUGUUGUUGCUGGCUCUCUAAAACGUGGAGAUAGAAUGCGCCCAGAGGAACAAGUUCUAAUGAGGGCCCUAAGAGAUUUCAAUAUUCCAAAAAUUGUAACCGAUGAUAUGUCCAUUUUUAUGGGCCUGAUUAGUGACCUCUUCCCUUCACUUGAAAUUCCUCGGAAGAAAGAUAUCGACUUUGAGAAACAAAUACGCAUCGCUGCUCUUAAUAUCAAGCUCCAGCCAGAAGAAAAUUUUAUAUUAAAGGUGGUGCAGCUGGUUGAACUGUUUGCUGUGCGACAUUCAGUUUUCAUAAUUGGAUCAGCAGGCACAGGAAAGUCAGAGGUUUGGAAGACCCUUUUCAAAACUUAUCAGAACCUUAAAAUGAAACCUCAUUUCAAUGAUUUGGAGCCCAAAGCUGUGACGAAUGAUGAGUUGUUUGGGAUAAUCAAUCCAGCUACAAGAGAAUGGAGAGACGGCCUUUUUUCGGUUUUGCUCAGAGACCAGGCACUUAUGAGUGGAGAUGGUCCGAAGUGGAUGGUGAUGGAUGGAGAUAUUGAUCCAAUGUGGAUAGAAUCUUUGAAUACAGUAAUGGAUGACAAUAAGGUGCUAACUUUAGCAAGUAACGAGCGAAUAGCAUUAACACCAGAAAUGCGUUUGCUGUUUGAAAUUUCAAACCUGAAAACAGCUACACCCGCCACUGUCUCGCGAGCAGGCAUCUUAUAUAUUAAUCCUCAAGAUUUGGGCUGGAACCCUUAUAUGACAAGCUGGCUAGAAAAUCGACGAGAUGAUGCAGAGAAAGGAACGUUGUUAAUAUUAUUUGACAAGUAUGUCCCUCCAUCGUUGGAAGUCUUGCGAACCAAAUUCAAGCGCAUUACUCCGAUCCCUGAAAUCACACACGUGCAAAUGUUGUGCUCUUUACUUGAUGCCCUCCUAAUUCCAUCCAACGUACCGAGCGACAGUCCUAAAGAAUGGUACGAAAUGUACUUUGUGUUUGCGUGUGUGUGGGCGUUCGGCUCUGCUUGUUUUCAGGACCAGCUCAUAGAUUACCGUGCCGAGUUUACCAAAUGGUGGAUUAAUGAAUUCAAAGCCAUCAAGUUCCCUCCGGUCGGAUAUGUCUUCAAUUACUACAUUGAUCCUGAAACCAAAAAGUUCAUUUCAUGGACAGACAGAGUGGAGAAGUUUGAAUUGGAUUCGGAUAUACCUUUACAGGUCUAA